AUGUAAAGCUAAAUGCAAAAUGAAUAAAUCAAAUAUUUUUGGAAAAAAAUUUUAUUCAUGUUGUUUGAUAUCUACAAAUAAUUAGCUGAAAGAAUCAAUAAUAAAUAAUUACUCAUUUUGAUAUAAUGUAGUUAAAAUAUAAGGAUUUACAAGAUUUAGUUAGUUGGAUUUUUUUUUUAUCUAUUUUCUCAAAUAUUGCACAAGAUUACUAUUUACAGCUUAUUGAACUAAAAUAUUAGACUAUGCAAAUAUGCUGUCAAAUAUAUAAAUGAGCCAGCUACUAUCCAUAUCAAAAGAUCAACGCUCAAAUAAGAUCAUUUUUAGUAGAUUUAUUGA